GGGAGGCCAAUCCAUCCGCCGGCGACCGAGCGAAUCGCGCGCGUGGGGGUGGGGUGGGGUGAGGAGAAAUGGAGGUGACGGCGAGGGCCCCCGGGAAGAUCAUCCUCUCCGGCGAGCACGCGGUGGUCCACGGAUCGGUCGCCGUGGCCGCGUCCAUCAAUCUCUACACCUACGUCACCCUCCGCGUCCCGUCGCCCUCCUCCUCCGCAGAGACCAGCGACACCCUUACACUCCACCUCAAGGACAUGGGGUUAGAAUUUUCUUGGCCUAUUGGUAGAAUUAAAGAAGCUCUUUCAGAAUCAAAUGAUCUCGACUGUUCAAGCCCCAAGACAUGCUCCGGAAAAUUUGCAGAAUCAAUUUCUGCUCUAGUUGAAGAACAAAACAUUCCAGAGGAAAAAAUUGCACUUGCAUCUGGAGUUUCAGCUUUCCUCUGGCUCUACACCUGUAUCCAAGGGUUUAAGCCUGCCACCGUGACUGUCACUUCGGAGCUUCCUCUCGGUUCAGGGUUGGGAUCAUCAGCUGCAAUUUGUGUGGCACUCUCAGCUGCUUUUCUUGCUUUCUCCAAAUCUGUGAGCUUGGACAAAGGCCAUAAAGGAUGGCUCGAUUUUGGGGACAAUGAACUCGAAUUGUUGAAUAAAUGGGCUUUUGAAGGCGAAAAGAUUAUUCAUGGAAAGCCGUCGGGAAUUGACAACACUGUGAGCACAUAUGGUAACAUGAUCAAGUUUAAGUCAGGAAGUUUGACACGCAUCAAGUCCGCUGUGCCCCUUAGAAUGCUCAUUACCAACACAAAAGUGGGGAGGAACACGAAAGCUUUAGUCGCAGGUGUUUCUGAGAGGACCUUGAGACAUCCAGAUGCCAUGACUUCUGUGUUCAACGCUGUUGAUUCUAUCAGCAAAGAAUUGUCGACUAUAAUCCAAGCACCCGCUCCCGACGACAUUUCGGUGACAGAGAAGGAAGAGAAAAUAAGGGAGUUGAUGGAAAUGAAUCAAGGUUUGCUUCAGUGCAUGGGGGUCAGCCAUGCCUCCAUAGAGACAGUCUUGCGCACGACAUUAAAGUUUAAAUUAACCUCCAAACUAACUGGAGCUGGGGGCGGAGGUUGUGUUCUGACGUUGCUGCCAACCCUGCUAUCAGGAACAGUUGUUGACAAAGUGAUUCCUGAAUUGGAAACUUGCGGGUUCCAAUGCUUGAUCGCUGGAAUCGGUGGGAAAGGUGUCCAAGUCUCUUUCAGCGGUUCUUCGUGAUCCCCAUCUCGCAGUGGCUAAAGAUGCAGGAACUGGCGACGAACCAUAGAAAGAUUUGCCUUCGCCUCCCUUCUUCUGGGUCUGUUGUUGUACUUGUAUAUUAUGCUCUCUUGCCUUUUGUGUUUCGAUUUUAACUUAACUCUUUAAUCUCGGUCUCUCAUUGAUGUCGGAUUACUAUGUUACUGCAAAUCAAGCGCUCAGAUUUAAUAACUCGAGUAAUAAAUUGCUCUUGAUUCGGACCAAUGAGAUCCGGCGAACUACUUUUGCAA